AUGAUUGAAGGAAUAAGUCAUUUUUGUCAAUCUAAAACUGACGGAGAUGAAGAUAUUUUUCAUUUCGGUCAAUUAUUGCAAUUUAGUAUUAAUUGGAAAACAAAAAAUAAAUUAAUUAAAAUAAAUAAUAUUUUGUGGCCAAAUAUUUUAUUUCGUUUAACUUCUCAAGAUUGUUGGAAUCGUUUAUUUUUAAAUGGAUUUUCAAAUAUUCAAUUACCUACAAAUCCAGGAAUUAAUUAUUUUACUAUUAAAUGUUGGAAGCCUUUUGAUAGUUUUGAUUCAAAAUUUGAAGAAUUACAUAGUAGUCAUUUAGGGGAAAUUAAUUGUUUUGGGGCUUCUGAAAAUUGGGUAAAAAUUAUUUUAAAUGAUUAUUUAUUUUAA